AUAUACAUUUAAGCAGUGUUUGUUAGAUGAGUACUGAUCAAUUGUUUCGAAAUCUGACUGAUGUUCAGAAAUACUCUCCCAGCGCCACAAACCUCUAGUCACUACUGCAAACAUCCUCUUCCCAUCGUGGGCUGAAUCAAAGCUUGCUAUUGUCUUCACCUCAUGUAAUCGGUGAACCUUUAAGGGUUACAAAACAUUCUCCUAGAGGCUGGAGGAAUGCACAGCUGCAGCAGAGCAGCCGUCUCCUGCAGUGACCGUGUCUUUAGUGAGGGAGAGGACGGAGGAGAUGAUGGAUGGAUCCAGUGUCGGGGCCGAAGUUCCUUCCAUGGAGCCUAGUUCCAAGAUGUUCUGUUGUGGCUGGUUGAGGCGCUGCCUCCCUCUGACUUACAGAGAGGAGCUCUACCACAUCCUGCGUAUGACUGGACCCCUGCUUGUGUGUCGGUUCCUGAAUUUCCUCCUUUUCUUUGUGGUCACAAUGUUUUGUGGCCGUCUGGGGAACAAUGUGCUGGCAGGUUAUGGUAUGGCUUCAGCUACAAUAAAUGUAACCACUGCAGCAACUGGGUUGGGACUCGCUUUAGCCUGUGAUACACUGGUUUCACAGACGUUUGGGAGUAAGAAUCUGCUGCGAGUGGGGGUGAUCCUGCAGAGGGGCAUUCUGAUCCUGCUGCUCUUCUGCCUGCCGUGCUGGGCUCUGCUUAUCAACUCCCAGCCCCUUCUGCUCCUGCUGGGACAGGACCCUGAGGUGGCCAGGAUAGCACAGCUUUAUAUUGUUGCUUACCUUCCUGCUGUUCCAGCAAUGUUCCUGUACCAGCUGCAGUUGUCUUACCUGCAAAAUCAGGGUGUGAUUUUCCCUCAAAUGUACGCAUCUCUGGUGGCCAAUAUUGUGAAUGUGCUAGCUAACUACGUCUUGCUAUUUUGGUUGGAUCUUGGAGUACAUGGAUCUGCAGCAGCAAACAGUUUUGCUCAUUUCUUCAGCUGCAUUGUUAUAUUUGCUUAUAUUUGUUUAAAGAAACUCCAUGUGAAAACAUGGGGAGGCUGGUCCUCAGAGUCACUGCAGGACUGGGGGUCCUACAUGAAGCUGGCUAUUCCUAGCACACUAAUGACAUGCUUUGAAUGGUGGAUCUAUGAGAUUGGGGGAUUCUUAGCAGGAAUGCUGGGAGAGGUGGACCUGGCUGCUCAGCACGUGGUCAUAAUGCUGGCUUAUAUAAAUUACAUGAUUCCAUUGGGUGUGCAAGGUGCAGCUUGUGUGCGUGUGGGUAAUGCAUUAGGUGCUGGAGACACUGCUGGAGCCAUCCUUACUAGCAAGGUUUCUCUCAUCUGUGCAGCUGUGUUGGCGAUCAUUCAGGGUCUUGUGCUUGGCUCAACAAAAACAGUUAUUGGCUUUAUGUUCACCUCUGAUGAGAGCAUAGCAGAGUUAGUCUCUGAACUAAUGAGUAUCUACUGCCCUCUUCAGUUCUUUAAUGGAAUAUUGUGUGUUGGCAUGGGCAUUGUCAUGGGGACUGGACAGCAGAAGAUAGCAGCCAUUGCUAACUUGUUUGGUUACUACUGCAUUGGACUUCCACUGAGCAUCACUCUGACCUUUCCAGCUAAGCUACAAGUUGCUGGCUUUUGGUUGGGCCUCCUUGUCGCUGUGUUUUUGCUGUCAAUCUUUUUUAUUGUCAUCAUCUUCAAAUUAAACUGGAAGAAAAUGACAGACGAAGCUAUUAAGCGUACUGGAAAGGGGAAGAAUGUAACACACACAGACUUCAGAUCCAGCCACAGGCUCUCUGAUAGCUUCUUCCUUGCAGUCACCAAUGCAGAUAUUCAGAAUGGGAAUGGCUAUCAGAUUGUGAGCUCUCGGGACCAGGAUGAGGAAAGGAGAAAUCCACCGGCUCAAGAAAGUGUGAGUCAGGAGGAAGGGAAGAGUGCAGCACCGCUCUCCACAUCUCAGCUCAUCAUCAGGAGAGGCCUAACCACUCUAGCUGCUGUCAUCAUCCUCGCUGCAGGAAUAGCUGCCCAUCUCAUCCUGCCUCUGCCUGAGGUGGCGUAUGUUACCAACAGCACUUUGGACUGGGGGAACUUCACUUCACCUCCUCCAGUUACUACACAAACAUUAGCCUUUUGAGCCCAGGAGACCAGUGCCUGGAUCACUUUAGAAGUGAUCUGAUUUUUUGAACUAGUAUAUUGGUAUGCUAAGUACAUUAGUAUACUAAGUAUUUUGAAAGUUAUUGGGAUAAGGAUUUAUCCAAACUAUAAGAACUGCUGUUGUGAGUAUCCCCGAACAUGAGGACAUAAGACAAGUGAUCCAGUGAAAUUACUUUAGUGGAAAUAAGUACUUGUCUACCGAAUUUAACCCAUCAUACCAAAUUCCAUCCAUCCAUCCAUCCAUUAUCUUCCACUUCUCUGGGGUUCAGGUCGCGGGGGCAGCAUCCUAAGCAAUGAGGCCCAGACCUCCCUUUCCCCAGCCACUUCCACUAGCUCUCCAAGGGGGAUUCCAAGGCGCUCCCAGGCCAGCUGGGCGAUAUAGUCACGCCAGCGUGUCCUGGGUCUUCCCCGGGGUCUCCUCCCAGAUGGACUUGCCUGUGACACCUCCCGAGGGAGGCGAUCAUACCAAAAUAUACUCCAAUAAUAUACAACUGGACACACGUCCAUAUUUUUUGUCAACUCUGGCAGGAUACUUGAUUGGUCUGUGGGAUGUGGGUUCAUUGAUAUUUGUACAUCCCUGUAUUAAAACUGGAAUCAACUUGUCAGACAAUUAAAGAACAACUAUUACAUUGA